AUGGCAUAUGAAGAAAACAAGCAAGCAAACAGUUUUUCACGAGGAGCAGAAGAAGAAGCACUAGGGCUGAGGCUCGGACGUGUCCUCGCUCAGGUCUCUCUUCGAGCAACGCUGGUCCGAGAAGUCCGCAUCCUUCCUUCAAAGCAAGUGGUGGCCAAGGAUUUCCUGCACUUGUUCCACCCACCAUUCGUGCGCGAGCUGCGGCCAUUCCACCAGAGCAUCUCCGCCUCACGCUCUGAUGACCCUCCGUGCAGCACAUCAAUCGCGUUCAGAGAAUUUCACAACCUCCAAGCGAAAUCUCAGGAAGUGGACUCCCCGUAUGGCCACAGACGGCGCUCAGAAGGCUUCGGCCAAACGGCGUACACCGACCGCGGUGGAGAGACAACCGUGGGAGGCACUUCCGUGGGAGCCACCUCCGUGGGCACCGCCAUGAGCUUCUUCACGUCGGCACCACACGGCACUGACGUGGACAGCGCCUGGAGCGAAGCGUACAGGAUGCAUCGGGACCACAGUGGAAGAGGGCACUACGGGAGCGUUGAAAGGGGGCACAAUAAGACCGAUUACGAGGCCCACCGUUUCUGUUCCGGGCGCCAAGGAAUCUACAGUCACCUCUACUACGACUACAACUACCACCACGACUACAACCACGACUACCACAACCACCACCACAACAACGACGACUACCACAACCACGACUACUACGACAACCACCACAACCACGACUACUACGACAACCACAACUACUACUACUACAACCACCACCACAACAACGACCACCACAACGACCACCACAACUACAACCACCACCACAACGACCACCACAACUACAACCACCACCACUACUACAACCACCACCACAACGACAACCACAACUACAACCACCACCACAACCACCACCACUACUACAACCACGACUACAACUACAACAACCACCACCACCACAACUACGACUACGACAACCACCACCACGACUACAACAACCACCACAACAACCACCACGACUACAACUACUACAACAACCACUACAACUACAACCACCACCACAACCACUACAACCACCACGCCCAGACCCACCACAGCCAGGAAACCUAAGCCUCCAGCCAAGGGCCCUCCAGAUCCAGUUCCCGGUAUGUUAAAAAUGUUGCCUAGAUGCUCGCGCUCUGUUUCCGCCUUAUUAAGGCACUAUUAGCG